AUGGAUAUAUUACUGCUCAAGUUGAUGUUAUGGAGAAACACAAAGUCUUUGGAUGCUAUUCCUGAAGAAGUUAGGUCUAAGUUCCUUGACACUAUUGAUAGGUACUUGGAUUGGAGUUUUAUGGAAUAUAUUUCUCUUGACAUUUUGAAGACGCUUAGAUUAUGGCCCAGAUUACAUCGUAUGUUUGACAUAGAUACUCCUGAAGCUGGUGCCAGAAUUAUUCAGAAAUGGAUGGCUCUGACAUCUUCUCAUCGCACUCGUUGUGUGAACUUGCACUAUAAUUUUAUGGAAUAUAUUUCUCUUGACAUUUUGAAGACGCUUAGAUUAUGGCCCAGAUUACAUCCCGCUUUAUUGUACCUUUCAUCCUUGCCUGAUAAUGCGAUUCGUCGUAUUUUAGAGAAGUUUCUUAAGGAACUAGAUGAUGAUCCUUCGUUGCGUUUUGUGAUUGGCUAUGUUGAUACAACACUUCUUACCAUGGAGACAUCCGAGCCGUUUGAUCCUGCUCCUUGGAUACUUAACCGUCCUAAUGCUCCUUCUGCUUUUGGAGCUACUGGAAAUGCAGGUCUUGCUGCCGUAAUUUCAGGCAAUCAGUCUUCAUCUACGAAGGCUGUGUCUAAUGCUUCUGGUGCAGCUGAUGGCGGAAAAGUGUACUUCCUGUGUAAAUCACCAGAAUACAAAGUCCAUAAUUGUCCCUUGGCUAGAAAGUCUAAGAAGGGGACUCAAGGUCUCAAUUUUUUGAUGGUUCCUGUUGGUUCUUCUGUAGUUAAAGACGAGCUUGUUUCUGAUGACAACUCAUCUAAUGAUUCCGAUGGUGAUGCUGAUGCCUCACCUGUUGUUCUUGCUGAUGUCCCUUCAAUGGAUGUCUCUGCUAUUAAUUCGGUUGAUGAAACUCAAUCUUUGGCUGAAUGUUCUGAUAAUGCUGUUUGGGAUUAUUUGUCUGAUGACGAUAAAUCUUUUGCUUGCCUGUCUGAUUCUACUGAUGAUGAUUCGUCAACUGCUGCUGCUGCUGCUAUUAGUCCCCCUGUUACUGCAUGUCACGGCCAUUAUGCUCAACGUGUUUCGACUUCUGGAGGACAUAUUUUCCUCAGUCAACAUCAAUCAAAGAGCCUUAUUAUUGAUUCGGGGUGCAACAGCCACAUUUCUAUGAACAAGGAGCAUUUUACCAAGAUUGAUACUGAUCCCUCUGGAUCAAUAAGCUUAUCAAUGCAACCAAACACAGACUUGGAGGAGAAGCUCAAGACCUGUAAUAACCUAUCUAUAUUUCGAUUCAUCCUAAGUUUCAUAAUAGGAUUUUCCCCAGUAUUUAUAUGGUUAUUAAUCUUUAAGAAUGCCGGAAUCAUACCUCAUUCAAUACGUCCUCCUAUUCAUGUUAAACUAGCAGCAAGAUUGGAUGAAUAUAUGUUUACUCAUUUGAUUGGAAGUAUAUUAACAAUUAUUAGUCUAAUCUCAUCGAGUUAUUUAAUCUAUAUCAAAUUUUAUAGACGAAAAACCAUUCCUAGUGGAAAUAAUGGUAUAUUGUCAUAUAUCCCAGUCAACAAAGAUGAUGCAAUCGAAUUCACUGAAGAAAUUAGAUCUUGCUCAACUUCAACCAGAUCAGUGACACCUCCAUUAUCAGCAGAUUUAGAGCAGCAGGAUAAUACCACCGGACUUGAAUUAGAAACAUUUACCGAAGAAGAUGAUGAUACUCUUGAUACCACCAGUCCGGGGGAUUUUCAAGAAGAUCCACAUUUCCUGCCAUUAACAUAUUUCACUACCUUGUCACCCAUGGAAAUUUCCCAAUAUACUUCAGAAACAAAUGAAAAGAUUAUUCAUCAUAUCCGAACCAUUGGAUCUUAUGCACCUAUGAAUAGUUGGUAUUUAGCCCCACCAAUAUUAUUUUGCCUCAGUUGGAUUAUUUUGAAUUUCGAUUAUUGGUUUAAAGAUCCAAUCACCCCAAGAAAAGAUAUCUUAGCCUGGGCAUCAUAUGUAAUUGGUCAUAUAACAAUACCCAUCAUAACCGCAGUUUGGCUAUAUGUAUUCCAUGCACCCGGUGCAUUAAAAAUAUAUGGAGUCACAUUGGGACUUCAAAAUAUUUCCGGCGUUUUGACUCAUUUAUUAUUUCCAAAUGCUCCACCAUGGUUUAUUCAUAUGUAUGGAGAAGAUAAGGAAGCCACCUAUGACAUGGAAGGAUAUGCGGCUGGAUUGAUUAGAGUUGAUAUUCAAUUGGGUACGCAUUUACAUUCAGAAGGAUUCCAUGCUUCACCAAUUGUGUUUGGCGCAGUUCCUUCUUUACAUUCAGCCAUGGCAGUUUUGACAUUUUUCUUUGUGGCUUAUUAUGCUAGAUGGACCAUAAUUAAAAUAUUAAGUCUCCUGUUUGUUAUUUUACAAUGGUGGGCUACUAUUUAUUUAGAUCAUCAUUGGAGAUUAGAUUUGAUUGUUGGAUUAGGAUAUUCAUUGUUUUGGUUUACGUUGAUGAGUUGGAUGAAAUCAUUUGGAUUAAAACGAGUUGAUGAAGAUUUUAUUAAACUGAGAUUAAGAUUUGAUUUUAAGAAUGGAAGUACUAUGGGAAUGAGAGUAUUUAGAAAUACUAAAUUACAAAAGUUUUUUGAUCCAUUAUCAUAG